AGUGAGUCUUGCUGUAUUCAAUGUUUAAGCAGUUUCUGUAAAACAAUGGUUGAUUACUUUGAAUGUUACUAAAUAAGUUGGAUAUUCAAAUCAUUAUUAUGACAUGUCUAUUUUGCUUAAUUUUUUAUCUCUGUUACAAUAGCUUAAUUUUCUUUUGAUAAUGAAAAACAGCUCUUAUUUGAUAUCUGACCUUGAUAUAUGGCACUCUACUACAAUCAUCGUACCAGCCGUUAUGACCCUAAUUUGUUUUAUUUGUACUGCUGUAUCUCUAACUGUUUCUGGUUUUAUUUGUUUAAGAGAUCGAGAAGCUCAAGAUGAGUCUGAUAACAGGGCUAAGCAUCAUCAAGAACAAGAAUUCGUAUCUAAAGUUUUAGGCUUGUUUUAUAAAAUCCGCACUUCAAACGUAUUUCGCAUUAGGGAAGUGAUGCUUGAUUUAAACGAAGAAAAACCGGUUUGGAUUGGAACUAAAACAGAAAUUAUAAAUAAUCUUGAAUACUAUGGCGUUUUUUUGACACAGAAUGAAAAAAAAAAUUUAAUGAACAAUGUGGAAGUUUUUGAAAUCGAUUGCGAAUCGUUGUUUUACUUUGAGAUGGAACGUUUUUCAAAAGCGCAAGCCGUAUUUGGAUCAAAUGUGCUAAAGUAUUUUGAGUGUAUACAACAAGAUGGUUCUUCGUUUCCCAGAGAAUUUUACCCUGAUCUAAAACCUAUUUUUCAUAUAGACAUUAUAUAUAAUGUAUUUACGGAGAUGCAAAUAUUUACAGAACUAUUUGUACUACUUGCAACUGGAAUUGAUUUGGAGAUUAUAAAUGUACAUUCAAUUCCUCCUCAGUUUAAACACGCAAAAAUAGGAUUUGAAUUAGGAAAAAUUAGAGAUUUAUUAUAUAAUUAUUAUUUAAGAGUUUUUCCUAAAGAAAGAAGCACUGCUACUGUAAUAAGAAUGUUACCUCAGUUACCUGUUCUAUAUGAACCAAUAGAAGAACCUCCUCCUACGCCAAAAACAGAAACUAUUGAGACAAUAACGGAAGAAAUAUUUGAGGAAGACAUAGAACCUAAUAAAUCUGAACCAUCACCUAAACCUCGUCCUCCUCGUAAAGGAAUACCAACUAGUACUACAUAUCAAGCAACUCCUUUAGUUCAACCAAGUGUUUCUAGCACAGAGCGUUCUUCAAAACCGUCUGCAUUGCCGCACACAUCAAAAACAAGUAAACUACCAUUUUCAAUAGGUAAACACAAACUAAAAGUUGUAAACGUUUAUAAAACACUAGCUGAAAGAGUGAAGCAAAAACCUUACCACCACGAGGAAGAAGAAGAGGAGGAAGAAAAUGAAGAAGUCGAACCCGAGCCAAUGACUUCAUCAAGGCAAGAACGAUCAGAACCUCAUAGAUCUUCAUUGACUUCUUUAAACAAAGUUGAUCCACCGAAAUCUAAAAAAGUAAUUAAAAAAGUAACUCAUAAAACAAAAGUCACAAGAGAAAAAUCACCGGAACCAGUGAUGACACAAGAGUCUUUUUAUGAAGCCAUGCGUUUUCGUUAUAAAGCUCCUGUAAGAAGAGAUAAUUCUACUCGCAGGAGAGGAAAUCUUUCAACAAUAAAAGUGCUUGAACAUAACCCAUUUACAUAUAUGGUGACUAGAGUUUUAGGAUUUUUACAAGAAAAAGGUCAUCUUAGUGAUGAAGAGUUAAACAACGUAACCUAUGCUUAUGUAGAUAAUAAUUUUAUUGUGUAAAUAAAUUGAAUUUUUUUAA